AUGGCGGACGCGGACGCGAUCGAGUGCGCGAUAUGCCUCACGACACCCGCCCCCGAGGACGUCGCCCUCGCCCCGGCGUGUCUCCACGUCUUUUGCGCGUCCUGUCUCGUGCGCUGGGCGAGUUUCACCGCCCCGGGGGCGUCGACGAAGUGCCCGUGCUGCGCGCGCGCGUUGCGCACGGUGUUGCUCCGUCGAGGCUUGGACGGGACGGUCGAUGCCGGAGGGUACCUGCGGGAGGAGUCGCUGUGUUUGCUCGCGCGGGCGCGGUGGACGGAGGACGGGACGUGGAGCGGCGACGAGCGGGACGGGCGCGGCGAGAGCGACGACGAUGCGUACGAAGACGCGGCGGAGGCGAUAUUGGAUCGAAGCGCGCGACGGCGGGUUGUUUUGGGGAAUCGACGGUUCGGUCGGGGGGGGUUCGUGGCGAACGGGGGUGGACGGACGUACGCGACGCCGGCGGCGAGGGGGAAGACGUCGCGAGGAAAAACGCGCGUCGACGUCGAGAAGAAGGAGAGGGAUGGGACGAGUCGAGGGGGGUCGGGGAGCUCGUCGCCAUCGAUGGAAUCACCGGGAUCGAAGGUUGAGGACGAAGAAUCGACGCCGCGUCGACGGGGGAAGAAGAGCGCGAAACGCGCCGAGUCGAUGGCGAAAAAGGCGGAAAAGGAGAAGGAACGCGCCGCGUCGAGGCUUCGUAAACGCGAAGAAGAAGCGAUGGCGGCGGCGGCGAGGCGCGCGGCGGUCGCCGCGGCGAAAGAGCUCGAGAGUUUGGCGCUCGGAGGGACGGCUUGA